AGGCCGGGCACCAAGGCUAGACUUGCAGUGCAGCACCAUGGGUGGCCUGUCUGUGGUUUUCUGCCUUGGCUGGGCCCUGGUGCUGGUGGGCACCCACCCCUUGGGAUAUGGGGGCGAUGGCAACAAGAUGGUCGGCAGCUGGCAUCAUCUGGACUCAGAGCCUCCAGCCAACAACACUGAGUUACUGCGGCACUGUGAGGAUGUGGAAGGCUUUGACGCUGUCACAUUGGACGCGGCAGGCACCAUGCUCUUCUUCAAAGGCCUCUCUGUCUGGAAGGGGUUCACAGGCACCUCUGAGCCCAUCGAGGCCUCCUGGCCCGAGAUCCGAGGCCCCAUCGAUGCUGCCCUCCGGCUCCACUACCACAACCACCCAGACCGUCUUCACGACCAUGUUCUCCUCUUCCAGGGCAAGCGGCUCUGGGCGUACGGUGAGGGGCGGCUGCGGCCUGGUUACCCCCGGCUGAUCGAGGAGGAGUUCCCUGGCGUGCCGGCCGACCUGGACGCGGCGGUGGAGUGCCACCCAAAGGAAUGCCCCUCCGAGACGGUCCUGUUCUUCAAGGGCCCGAUGGUCUUCGCCUUCGACCUGAGGACGAAGGCGCUGAAGCAGCGUGCAUGGCCGGCCGUCUCCGGGUGCUCAGCAGCCGUGCGCUGGAUUGAGCGCUACUACUGCUUCCAAAGCAUCCACUUCCUGCGCUUCGAUCCAGUGCGGGGUGACGUGGCCGCCCACUAUCCACUGGAUGCCAGGGACUACUUCAUGAGCUGCCCUGGGAGAGGCCAUGGGAAGGAUACGCGGAAGAACGCCACGCUCUGGGGCAUCGCCCACGCCUGCAGUGGACGCCCUUUCCAGGCAUUCUCCUCUGAUGACUCUGGGCGGAUAUACGCCUUUCGUGGCGGCCAGUACUUCCGCGUCGACUCCGUGCGAGACGGCCUGCAUGCCUGGCCCCUGAACCACACCUGGCCGGCGCUGGAGGGGGAGGUGGACGCGGCGUUCAGCUGGGCGGACAAGCUCUACCUAAUCCAGGGCUCCGAGGUCACGAUCUAUAGGUCCGGCCAUGGCUACAGCCGCGUGGAGGGCUACCCCCGGUCCCUGUCGGAGGAGCUGGGCGUGUCCCAAGCAGACGCUGCCUUCACUUGCCCUCACUCCGGGGAGCUGUACAUCAUCCAAGGAAGCUAUCUCAGGCAGAUUGACCUGCAGCAGAGCCCUCGCCACCCAGGAGCAGCAUGGCUCCUUCCUCAUCCCCAUGUGGACAGCGCCAUGUGUACCACCAAGGGGGUGUACCUUUUCAUUGGAGCUGAGUUCUACCAGUACACAGACGUGGCCCAGCUCAGUACUGCCACUGUCGCCCCCCCAGCCCAGAACACUGCGGCCGUCUUUUUCCGGUGCUCCCUGCCAGGGGCUCCCCAGCAGCCUCCUGCCCAAGGACAGCACCUCCCCCAAGACAACACCCAAUAAAUCCCUUGCCUCAG